GGGCGGGGCCUGGGCCGCGGGGCGCGCGGAGGAUGACGCGAGCGCUAACCAAGGGCGCGAGGUGCAGUUCCGGAAGCUUGCCGAGAGGCUUCUCGGUGGAAAGCCUGGCUCGGCCUUUGGCUGGCCGACUGGAAGAGAGAGCUGUUCCCUGAUAACCCUGCUGCUGACCAUAGUCAAGCAGUAACUAGACUACUUUCUCAACCCAGGGCGGAGCUCCCGCCGGUGCUAGACCUUGAGCUUGGCACAGUGGGGAUCUCUGAAGACCUAAAGUAGGAUGGAUCUGCCUGUGGAUGAGUGGAAAUCAUAUGUAUUUCAGAAGUGGUCUUUGCUCCCGAAGUCCAUUCAGGUCACGAUCUCUACCGCAGAGACUUUGAGCGAUAUCUUUCUUCACUCCUCUUUGCUUCUUCAACCCGAGGAUGAGAUGUUUUUACAAAAUCUGUCUAGGGGCUACCUGGUGGAAAAGGACCCCAACGCUCCCCUUUUCUACAGAGAAGAAGGAAACAAAAAAUUUCAGCAGAAGGAUUAUAUGGGAGCCACAGUGCUGUACUCUAAGGGAAUAUCACAUUCAAGGCCUCACACUGCAGACAUUUCACUGUGUUAUGCCAAUCGCUCUGCAGCCCUCUUCCACCUGGGUCAGCAUGAAAUGUGUCUUAAAGACAUCAUGAGAGCGCAGAUGCACGGGUAUCCAGAGAGACUGCAACCCAAGAUGAUGUUGCGUAAGGCAGAAUGUCUGGUGACCCUGGGGAGACGACAGGAGGCGAGCCAGACCAUCAGUGAUCUUGAAAGUAGCUUUGCUGCCAAACCAACCCUCGCAGCUGCCCAGUUUCAGAUUCUGCAGACAAACCUCUGUCGUCUGAAAAUGAAGGCACAAGAAAAGGAGAGUCUCACAGAAACCUUCCCGGCAGCUCUAACCAAAGCCUUGGAGGAUAUGGACCUAAAGGGAGAGAAUGGACAAGUCCCCAGCGCAUCGUCAUCUGUCAGCUUACGCACAGACCCUUUAAGAGGCCGCUAUUUGGUUGCCACAAAAGAUAUUCUCCCAGGAGAGCUCUUGGUGAAGGAGGACGCUUUUGUGAGCGUCCUUCACCCGGGAGAGAUGCCACCACUACGUCACCUAGAGAGCAAGUGGGAUACCAGGGUUACCAACGGGGACCUCUACUGUCACCGAUGUUUGGACCACACUUUGGCCACAGUUCCCUGUGAUGGGUGCAGCUAUGCCAAAUACUGCAGCCAUGACUGUAUGCAGCAGGCCUGGGACCUGUACCAUAGUGUGGAGUGUUCUCUAGGGGGGCUGCUUCUCACACUGGGUGUCUUCUGCCACAUUGCCCUGAGGUCCACUCUCAUAGCUAGAUUUGAGGAUGCAAGCGAAGUCAUAAGGAAGCUUUGCGGUGAGAUUAGGAACAGAGACACAUGUUCACCUGAAAGAGAGACUCUGGUGCAGACACUCACUUGUGACCUGGGAGGGGAGAGUGAGAACAAAGGCAAAAUGCUCGAGCCCCCAGUUCCAGGAUGUGAUCUGAAUGGGAAAUAUGAAAGUAAUUACAAUGCCGUCUUCCACCUCCUGCCACAUACUGGAAACCAUAGCCCGGAGCACAGAUUUCUCUGUGCUCUAAGUGUCUCUGCACUGUGCAGGCGACUUGAAGCAGCCAGUUGCUACAAGCCAGCGGUGGCUGUGCCUCCUGGGUCGGGUUCAGAGUUGGAUGUCUGGGGAGUGGCCAUGCUGAAACACGUGCUACAGCUGCACUGUAACGCUCAGGCGAUCACCACCAUUCAGCACACAGGAUCUAAAGAGAACAGCGUGACCAAGAGCAGGCAGGUCCGCCUUGCCACGGGCAUCUUCCCUGUCAUCAGCCUCCUGAACCAUUCCUGCAGCCCCAACACCAGCGUGUCCUUCAUUAGCACCGUCGCCACCGUUCGGGCAUCACAGCAGAUUGGAAAAGGGCAAGAGAUUCUCCACUGCUAUGGGCCUCACCAGAGCAGGAUGCGUGCUGCUGAAAGGCAACAGAAGCUGAGAUCACAGUAUUUCUUUGACUGCAGUUGCGCAGCUUGUCAGAACGAGAAGCACUCAGCUGCCACAGGGCCCCGGUGGGAGGCGUUCUGCUGCAGGAGCUGCGGGGCGCUCAUGCAGGGAGACGAUGUACUGAUCUGUGGCAGCACGUCCUGUACGGAGUCAGUCAGCAGAGAUCACCUCAUCUCUCGGUUACAGGACCUUCAGCAGCAGGUUGGGAUGGCCCGGAAGCUUCUCAGAAAUGAUGAACCAGAGCGAGCCAUUCAGCUAUUGUUGGGGUGCCAGCGUGAUGCCCAGAGCUUCCUGUCAGGAGAACACAGUCUGGUGGGAGAAAUGGAGGAUGACUUGGCCCAGGCCUAUGCCGCCUUAGGGGACUGGCAAAAGUCAGCUACCCAUCUACAGAAGAGUCUCCAAGUGGUUGAGGUUCGCCAUGGGCCGUCCAGUGUUGAAAUGGGCCAUGAGCUCUUCAAACUGGCCCAACUCUUCUUCAACGGCUGCUGGAGGUCCCUAGAGGGGAAGAGGCUGAGAGCAGAGCCAGGCUGGCUGGAGGCGGCCCUGGAGACGGCUGGCGAGGUCAGAGGGGACUGCGCAGAGAAGGGCGGGCGAGUGGUCAGAGGACAAACGUGGCAGAGAGGGCUGCCUGCCCUCAGGCACCAGCCGGGUGCUCAGUGCAGCCUGUGGCCUCCUCCCACCUUCCUCCGCCCUCAUGCUCCCACUCAUGCCCAGAAUAGUGACAGCAAAGCAGCCAGGGCCAUUCAUUCUUUAUUCGCGUGGCAUAAAAAUCAUUACAAAAACUUUACAAAAGAGCCUUAGGGAACUAUCCCCCUCCUCUCCCACUGCAGCCCCUGAGACACCUGGGUAGAGGAGGGAGCGGAGGGAAGGAGAGUCCUGGCAAUGUGGGUAUGUCCAAGGAGCGGUGGGGGGGCCGAGGUGACAGAACAUCAGGGUGGGCGGAGGGCCGAGGGCCUUAGGGAGGUUAAGGCCGAAGCAGGGACUGGAAGGCCCAACUCCCACCCACACAGCGGGACAAGGUUCCACCCCCAGGGUCUGUCAGUCCUCUGCCCAGCCAAGGCAUCCAUUCCGUCCUGUCCCCACCCCCCUCUGGUAAACAAAUGUGGAAGUGCCACCGCCACCUUAGGGAAUAACCUCCCUCCCUUCCUGACAAAAGUGGAUCUCUCUAGCUGCCCCUCUGCCCAAGCCCCAAACAAGGACAGCCUCCUAGCCGCUUUGGAAGAAAUAAUGUGGGAUCCAGGCCUGUGACUCCCUGACGCCCGCCCACAUCCUGGCCCCACCCAUCCCAAACUCCCCGAGAGAGGAGAGGAGAGGAGAG